AUGGAUACCAGGGAGACGGGUUUCGUGAACGCCAUCACUGCGGCCGGCGUUACUUACGCCGUCACCAGGGCUUGCACCAUGGGCCACCUCGUCGAGUGUUCCUGCGACAAGAUGACUUCGAAAGGUAAUCGCCUGGGGAAAUUCGCCCCCACCGCUGACCUCGAGAAGAGCCUGCCAACGGAGGGCGAUUGGGAAUGGGGCGGCUGCGGGGACAACGUGAAGUUCGGAUUCAAAAAGUCGCGGGAGUUCAUGGACGCGCCGUACCGAAAGCGCAGCGACAUCAAGACGCUGGUCAAGCUGCACAACAACGACGCUGGUCGUCUGGCGGUGCGCGACUUCAUGAGGACGGAGUGCAAGUGUCACGGGCUGUCCGGCUCGUGCACGGUUCGCACCUGCUGGCGGAAGAUGCCGCCGUUCCGCGACGUCGGGAACCGGCUGAAGGAGUCGUUCGACGGCGCGGCGAAGGUGAUACCGAGCAACGACGGGCACAGCUUCAUCACCGAGGGGCCGACCAUCAAGCCGCCGGAUCGGUUCGAUCUGAUCUACAGCGAGGACUCGCCCGACUUCUGCAAGCUGAACAGGAAGACGGGCUCCCUGGGCACCCAGGGUCGCCGCUGCAACUCCACCAGCCAGGGGGUCGACGGCUGCGAGCUGCUCUGCUGUGGCAGGGGAUACGACACCCGGAUCGUCAAGGAGAAGAUCAACUGCGAGUGCAGGUUCCGGUGGUGCUGCGAGGUCACCUGCAAGAGCUGCUUGGUCAAGAAGACGAUCAACACCUGCCGCUGAUGGGCCCGGGCGUGUUCCAGGCUCGCGCUCUAGGAUAAGCACUGUUGUAAUAUACGCGUCGCGCGGAUCGAGUCGCGCGUUACCAGCGGGAGGACCGUUCGUUCGUCCCCCGCUGCUCGAAGCUUUCCAGGUAUCUCCAGCUGUUCGUUUUUUAAGCGUUUCUCUUUCGUUUCGCGCGCGGAAUGAUUCUCUUUAAGCUUCCCUGCUUGCGUCCUUCGCCCGAGUUCCAGGGGAACGCCUACUCCUCGUUGCGUGGGAGGAGACCUCUGGAAGGAAUCCAGUUGAUCGGCUUUGCUCGUCUCGUUUUCGAUACUAAUUUCGUGGACACGGUUACGCGUGACCGAUCAAACCCUCGACGUAACCUCUUGCGUCGUCCACGGGUCUUCUCCCGUGCAACGAGGAGUACCUGAACGCGACCCGUUCCCCGUUACUCCCGUUGCUUGCGUACGCCGCGUACAUGUUUCUGUACAUAAGACUGAGACCGAACAAAUCGUUUAUACAUUGUGCACCGUAAAAUGCGAAU